AUGUGCCCAAUGAUCCAAGAAGAAAGUGUGGAGCAAGUGAAUAUGGCUGGUCACGUGCCCGCGCCAAGAAAUCAAUAUGACCGAUAUUCAAACACCUACAAUCCUGGUUGGAGGGAUCAUCCCAACUUCAGUUAUGGAGGAAAUAGGCAGUCCAAUUUUAUGCCAAGUAGACAACAAGAGUACCAGCAACAGUAUCAAUUUCGACCACCACCACCUCCAUCGAGCGCCAGUCCAUCUUUGGAAGAUAUGAUGAAACAAUUGAUGGCUAGUACUGCACAACACCAGCAAAAGACGGACUCUGAACUACGGAACAUAAGAAGUCAGAUGGGUCAGAUACAAGCGAUGCAGAAUCAGAUAAGUCAGAUGGCAAUAUCAAUCAACCGUCUGGAGUCUCAAGUAAAUGGAAGAUUGCCAUCCCAACCUGAACUGAAUCUGAAGAACGUAAGUGCAAUGACUUUAAGGAGCGGGAAGGAAAUUCAGGGGCCCGAACUCGCGACUCCAAAGGAUAAGGACGAAGAGAAGAUUGAGAAAGGACUUCAGGCAGAGAAUACAAGCAUCAAAAAUCCAGUGGUACUCCCUGACCCGAUCAUAGACGUUAAAACUAAUCCCCCUCCAUUUCCUUGCAGGUUGGAGAAACCGAAGAAGCAGGACAAAGAGAAGGAGAUCCUAGAGGUGUUCCGCAAGGUAGAGAUCAAUAUCCCCUUAUUAGAUGCCAUCAAACAAGUGCCAAAGUAUGCAAAAUUUUUGAGGGACCUAUGUGUCAACCGAAAGCGGCUGAGGGGAGACGAAAGGAUCAUUGUUGGGGAGAAUGUGUCAGCAGUUCUCCAAAGGAAGUUUCCACCAAAGUGCGGGGAUCCAGGUAGGUUUACUGUCCUAUGUAAGAUAGGUAAUACUCUGAUUAGGAAUACCCUGCUGGACUUAGGAGCAUCGAUCAACGUAAUGCCUAAAUCUAUGUAG